AUGUCAUCGCCAGUAGCAGAACUUGAGGCUGGCUUGAUUGCCAUGCAAAACCUCAAGGCACCCGGAGUCUCUGGAUCACGUAUCCAGUCCCUAACCACUCUAUGCGUCACCAACGUUCAGUCCGAAUCCGUACUCAUCCAGAAGAUCUACACCCACUUCAAGAAGGUCCCGGCAACUCACAAGCUAGGAGUACUCUAUGUCGUAGAUUCCGUAACUCGCAGAUGGGUCGAUCAUGCGAAGCAACAAGGCCAGCCUAUCAAUAGUUCUGCACAAGAUGGAACCUACGCUGCCGGCGUGCAUAGAGUAACGGAACUGCUUCCCGUCUUGAUGAAUGAUAUCCUUCAGAAUGCUCCCGGAGAACAAAAGGAGAAAAUCAAGAAGCUAGUUGAUAUCUGGGAGAAAGGCCAGACUUUCCCUGCGCCUAUGAUCGAGUCGUUCAAGCAGAAGAUGAACACAGCACCCCUAAAAACCUAUUCCACCACACCGAUAGGCAGCCCGCCGCCAGGUCCCGGGCUUCCAGGUUUGUCGGAAAGCAAGCCGCCUACUACCGAGGCUCCGAACGCUAUCAUGGAGGCUCUUGCGAACAUAGCUCGACAAAACAUCACUGCUGCGCCGGCUAGUAACCCUGUCCCUGUCCCGGCGUAUUCGUACAAUGCUCCGGCACCUCCCGCUCAGACCGGGGCAAUGCAGCAGCCUGUCCUCCCAAUGAGUUAUAGUCAGCCUCCGGCUCCAACUCCGCCUCCUGCCCCUUAUGCGGCAGCAGCGCCGCCUGUAAAUGCCCCUGGAAUGCCAUACUCAUUCCAGCAGCAAGGUUACGCCCACAGUCAACCCUUUUCGCCUCAGGUGGCUGCGAGUAGUCAAGCACCUGGCUUUCCUGGCGUAGCGCAUAAUGCACCACCACCAGCCGCCGCUGGUGGUAUGGAUCCCAAUGUCCAGCAACAAGUGAUGUUGAUCAAAAUUCUCGCGGAACAAGGUGUUCCUGUCGACAAGAUACCGGCCAUCAUAGCGGGAAUGCAAGGCACUGGUGCUGCUCCUCCCAUCCCUCAGCCAGCCCAACCUUCCUACGGCGGAUGGGGUCAAGAAGGCUUUCGACCAGACGAGUCACGUGAUCACAACUUCCAUCAAGUAAGAUCGCCGAAUAGAUUCCGCAACAGGUCAAGAUCUCGUUCUCCUCCGCGUAACUGGGACCAGCGAGGCUCUCCUCGUGGUCGUGAAUUCGGCGCUUAUGGGGGCAACUCGCCGGGCCCUGGCCGCAUGGACGACCGUGAUCGUCGUGGCAGAGGCCCGGACUAUCGCCAACGCAGUCCACCUGGACGUCGUGGUCGUAGCCCCAGCCCCCCUCAAGGUUAUUCUCACCCAUCUGCCAAAUGGAUCGACUUCGAUAGAUCAGUCCCCCAGGGCCAUAUCAAGGUUUUGAGCAGAACCUUGUUUGUUGGAGGUGUUACGUGCCCCGAGGGUGAACUUCGUGCUGCUUUUGGUCGCCAUGGCCAGGUACAGACUUGCAUAGUAAAUAAGGACAAGCGCCAUGCAUUCGUGAAGAUGGUCAACCGGCGAGAUGCUAUUGCUGCCAAGGAAGGCAUGGAGAAUAGUACCUAUCGAACACGAUGGGGGGUAGGAUUCGGACCUCGCGACUGCAGCGACUACCAAACCGGCAUCAGUAUAAUUCCCAUCACCAAGCUGACCGAAGCGGACAGAAAGUGGAUGUUGACGGCGGAAUAUGGUGGUAGUGGCGGCCAGCCAAUCGAGUCUGGCAUGGUGGUGGAGGAGCCCGAUAUAGAGAUCGGUGCUGGUGUUUCGUCAAAGGCGAUAAGCAGGCGCAUGCAGACAGACAAGGGCGGACGGCACGGGCCAAAAUCCAGUCGAGGAGGUUUCGGCGGUGAUGACGAUGGAGAUCUCACCAGAUGGCGACGCAACAGGGAUCAUCGCCGGGAUGACCAGCGCGACGAAAUGAUGAGCCCAGCACAGAGCGACGGCCCCCAGUUUCCCUUCGGCAUUUCCACCGGACCGAAUGGCAUGCCCAUGUUCCCGCCUGGCUUUAGCUUUCCUGCCCCGGACCAAUACAACGGUAGUGGGUAG